AUGUUGGGCGUGGAGUACUUUGUGCGGUCUGGCUUUGGCUCGCUGGUGCUGUACUGCUUGGGGCAGAUUGUGGAGGCGAUACGUGGUGACCUCACACACGGCAACGGGCGCGUCAAGUUUGAUCGCUCCUUCAACUCCGAAGCGUACAUCAUGGUGGCCUCGUGGCUCGUGCUCACCGUCAUCGGAAUUGCGACAGCAAGGUACCUGUAG